UAUUUGCAAGAAUUUAUAGGCGCGGGUCUCCCCCACGGCUCGCCGGGCCGACGUGAGAGAGAUGUUCGCUUCACCCGUCCAGCUGAGAAAGCCGCUGCAACAGGUUCAGCUCCUCUGCUCUCCGUCCCUUCUCUCCCUUCCCACGAAGCCCCUUUUCCGUCAUCUCGUCUCAUCCAACUCUUCUUCGUCUUCUUCUUCGACAAGGACCACGGUUGAUCUCAGCGAUGAAGAACUCACAAAGAUCAACCUCCUCAUUCCUCGCCUCUGCGAUUCAAACCACCUUCCAGAAGCAGUUCGCCUCGUCGACGCCGCGCUCCUCACGAAUCCACCUCUCGGAUCCCUCUCUCUCUCCCUCCUCAUCGCCCGCCUCGCUUCCCAGCCAGACAUGACCCACCCCAUGUCACUUCUCAACCGCCUCAAGCACAACCCACCCGCUCAUCCCCAUCUGCCGCUCGUCUCCCGCAUGCUCGUUUCUUCAUACCUCAAGAAUCGCCGGCUCAGAGAGGCCUUCAAAGUGUUCAAUUGGUUGUCCAGACCGGACUCGCCCUGCGCCCCUGAUCUCGCGAUUUAUGGGCUUUUGGUUGGUGGGAUCUGUAGAGACGGGCAGAUGCUUGAGGCUCUGAAGGUGUUCCGUUCGAUGCUCGCGGCGAAUUUGGUACCUAGAAGCGAGCUGCAGACGCGUGUGUAUAGGGGUUUAUUGAGGGAGGCGAGGAUUAGGGAAGCCAAAGAGUUGAGAGGGGCUUUUGGGUCUGCUGCGGAUGGAGGUGAGGGCGUUGGGAAGGUUUUGGAAUUGCUGGACCGGUUGAUUUCCAGCUGGGUGGAUUAGAACAGGUCAGAUCGGGUUGCUUGAGUCAAGGUCGACUUCUCUUACUUUCGGUUCUGAGACAUUUACUGGAAUGGCCUGUUGAUUACUUUCAGUUGAACGUGGUUGGACUGGCGGAUCACCUGGUUUGGUAAAAUGAUGAUUUUUAUUAUUAUUAUUUUGUAUUUGCUCGUGGACUUUACUGCAUGUUCGGUGCAAUACACUGUUGAUAACUGUUAGCCGCAUGGAUAUUAAGUUUGUAAUUUGAAUAGAAUGCGAAAAAGGAAAUCCUAAUACCUACUAGAAGUGUUUCAUUAUGUUACAUGUGAAAGUAUACAUAAGAACUAUUAUUUAUUUAUUCUUUGCCUAUUUUUAACACAUUUUUAAACAUGACUUGAGCUUUCUUCUAAUUGUAUUCUAUUAAACUCCCGUUUGGAACAAGUUAGUAAAUUAGCACAAACUAUGAAAGUACUUAAUUUAGGUAGGUUGUUUCAAUAAACUGUGCUUCGUUUAUUUUGGAAGAUCUCCGUCUGCAAGGGGGAGCUUGAUGCUCUAGAACCCCCGAGGAGUAGUAGUUUCAAUAAACUGUGCUUGGUUUAUUCUUAAAUAAGUGCUUAUUUUAAUUAAUAUUUUCUCAAAUUAUUUAUUAAUAGAAAAAUGAUUAUUUUUUGAUAAGUAGUUCGAGAUUAUUUGUUUCCUACUAGUUGUAGAGAGUAAAUGCUAAAAUUUUAAGAAUUCUCGGACAUUAAUUUGUUUUCUUCUUUCUCUCCGCUCCCUCUCAGCUGGCACUAUUGUCUUUCCUUCUCUUGAGCAGAUUUGUCGUGACCGUGACCGCACUCCACCUGCCAACCAUGACACUGUUUAUCCACCUAGGACCACAAGGCAGAGCUUGAAGAAUGAAGAUAUUCCCUCUAUUGAUCCGGUACUGUUCACAUGGGCAAACAAGAGAGAAGAAUGCUUUUCCAUAGCUAGGAAACUUCAUCUCCUCCCUUUCCUUCUCCAGCCUGACUUCUGAAUUCUUAUCCCCAAGACUGUCAGACCACAGCCUUGCCAUUCUUAAAAUUGUAAUAGUUUCAAAGGAGUUCAGACCCAGAACCUCUUUCAGAUUUCUACACGGUUGGAUUUUCAUGUACUUGCUGAUUCUUGGAAAGUAAUCGUAAAUAGUACACAUACUCUGUCAAAAACUACAGCUACUCACAGUUUUUAGAGAAAGAAUUUCGUUUGCAGCAUUUUGCAAACUCAAGUGAGAAGAUCUCUGUUGCUAGAGAAGCGCUGCUGAAAGCAUUAGCGUGAAAUGUUAUCAUUAAACCCCGGGCACUGCAAAUGUAAGAUUAAGAAUGGAGAAUCUAUUAACAUUGCUGAGAACUGAAGAGGAAUUAUUGAAACAAAAAGGCCAGAGUGAGAUGGCUACAGUUUGGGGACCAAAACAAGUAUGUUCUUCUCAAUGUUAGUCAAGGAUAAACGAGCUAAAUCACAUAUCUACUGGCGACCAGCUCCAUCACUAAUGAGAUCCCGCCAUCAACGGCGGAGGGAGGGUCAUGGAGAUUUGAAAGCUUUGAAGCGAGAGGCAACGAGGAUAGUGAGUCGAGCGAGGUUGGUGGAGGAACAGGUAGAGGGCACAGGAAGAAUUAGGAUGGAGGACGGAGGAAGAAAAAGAAUAUUCAUUGACCAAUUAACAUUUUGAUUAAUAAAAAAAUUAAAUUAUAAUUGUUAAUCAAAGAUGUUAAUUAAAGUCUUAAAUUAAUUUUUUUAUUGGACUAUUAAAAAUGUCAAUUAGUGAACACAAAUGUUAAUUAAUAUUUGUUAAUUUAAAAUGUUCAAUUACAAAUUUGAAGUAAAAA